AUGGACCACAGCGGUAUGGACCAUGGCGGCAUGGAUCAUGGAGGUAUGGACGAUGGCCAUUGUUCCAUGAAUAUGCUCUUCAAUUGGCAAGUAAAAGGCCUUUGUAUAGUCUUCGAGUCAUGGAGAGUCACGGGACCCAUGUCGCUCCUCCUCUCUCUGGUCGCCAUCGUCCUCCUUACGGCUGGCUACGAGUGUGUUCGUGAAAUAAGCAGGAGAUAUGACGAGAGAUGCAAGGCCACAAUGAAUGCAUACAGCACAAGACCGGAGCGGGAAGGAGGCGGCCAGCAAGGACUGAUCAACAGAGCUGCCCUUUAUGCCUUGCAAGUAUUCUACAGCUUCUUCAUCAUGCUCCUGUUCAUGACCUACAACGGAUUCGUCAUGUUGGCGGUAGCGGUCGGGGCGUUCAUCGGAUAUUUGGCUUUCAGUUACAGAACUUCGCCCACCAAAGCGGCAGCGUGUCAUUGA